AUGAGUUCAUCCGGAUCAAUUUUAAUGAAUAAUAAAAUUGAAAUUCCUCAAUUAGCAUUAGGUACCUAUGAUAUAGCAAAGGAAGAAAUAUCCAAUGUUAUCGAAAGUGCACUUUCAGUUGGUUAUCGUCAUAUUGAUUGUGCAUGGCUUUAUGGAAAUGAAAAAGAAAUUGGAGCGAGUUUAUCUCAACAAUUUCAAAAAAAUGAAAUAAAACGAUCAGAUUUAUUUAUAACAGGUAAACUUUGGUGUUCAUUUCAUAAAUUUGAACGUGUUCGUCAACAAUGUGUCAUAACAAUCAAUGAUCUUCAAUGUCAAUAUCUUGACCUUUUUCUUAUUCAUUGGCCAUUUGCUUUUGUUGAUCACGAUCCACAAAAUAAUGAAGAACAUCAAUCAAAUGUAGAUGAUGAAAUUGAUUUUAUUGAAACAUGGAGAGCUAUGGAAGUGUUAGUUGAUGAAGGAUUAGUUAAAUCUAUUGGAUUAUCGAAUUUUAAUGAAGAACAAAUAGAACGAAUUCUUCAAAUAUGCAAAUAUAAACCAGUUGUUAAUCAAGUUGAAAUUCAUCCAUAUUGUCCUCAAAUUCAAUUAGAAAUUUUUUGUAAAAUACAUCAAAUUCUUCUUGAAGCUUAUGCACCAUUAGGUGCAAACAAUCGACAAUGGAAAAAAGAAAAUGAUCCAGAAAUUUUAGAAGAUAAAACGAUAAAAUCAAUUGCCGAUAAAUAUAAUGUUCAUCCAGCUGCAAUUCUUCUUCGUUAUAUUAUCGAUCGAAAUCUCGUAUGUGUUGUUAAAUCUGCUAAUUAUCAACGAAUUGAACAAAAUUUUCAAUGUAUUAAUCAAAAUCAUUUUCAAUUAGAUGAAGAAGAUUUUAAUAAAAUUCAUAAUGAUAUUCAAAUUAGAUUUCGUUAUCAUCAAGUGGAAGAGAAAAAAUAUGCAAAAGAAUAUCCAUUCAAACAGUGGAAAGACUUUAUUCCAUAA